AUGUCUGCCAGUAUUAUUGACCACUAUCUAGGUUUCGACAACCUCGCAGUAUCCAAGCCCUCGUACAUCGUUCCGUUGGCUUGGCAGCUAGGUACCGAAGCAGUGAGCUACUCAGUAGACUGCGAGUUUAUCAUCAUCAUCGACAGCAUGAUAUCAGUGUUCAACACCGAUGCUUCACUGCCGUACAAACAUGAUUUAUUUGAAAGCCUUAUUGUAAAGAAAAGGAUAAAGGUGGACGGGGAAGGGACUUAG